GACCUACAGCUUAUAUGUUGAAAGUGACUGCAGGUAUUCUUCAUUAUUCGACAUCUGUCCAACUGGAUCUGCAGCGAUCGACUCGGCUGAAACUUUUCGGUCCGACAAAAAAGAGUCCAGAUUGUUGCCUCUCGCAUCGGAAAAUCAGAAAACAACAAGAUGGCAAAUGAAGCCAAGCCAUGCCCUUGUGACAUUGGGGAUCGGAUGGAGUAUGGGGGGCUCGGUCAGGAGGUCCAGAUAGAGCACAUCAAAGCUUAUGUCGUGAAACCAUCCUGUGCAUCUGACAAAGCCAUCCUUCUCAUACAAGACAUCUUUGGGUGGCAGCUUCCCAACACCAGAUACAUGGCUGACAUGCUGGCCGCCAAUGGAUACAUUGUUGUUUGUCCAGACUUCUUCGUGGGAAAGAAGCCGUGGAAUCCAUCAGACGACUGGUCCACAUUUAUGGCUUGGCUUGAAGACAAAAAGCCCACAAACAUCAACAAAGAAGUGGAUGCAGCGCUGAGGUUCUUGAAGAAGCAGUGUGGGGCCAAACACAUUGGCACGGUGGGCUUCUGCUGGGGAGGGAUUGCCGUACAUCACAUUGCCCUGCAUUAUCCAGAGGUCAAAACUGGAGUCUCGGUGUACGGGAUCGUCCGUGAAGGAGAGGACAGGUAUGACCUGAAGAGUCCCACGUUGUUCCUCUUUGCAGAAAAUGAUGAGUACAUCCCACUGGACCAGGUGCAUGCCCUUAAAGCAAAGCUGGAGGAGAAAUGCAAAAUGGAUUACCAAGUGAAGAUCUUUCCCCACCAGACUCACGGGUUUGUCCACCGCAAGAGAGAGGACAUCAACCCCAAAGACAAACCCUACAUCCAGGAGGGCAGGAGAGACAUGCUCAACUGGCUCAACAAGUACAUGUAAACAAGAGGGUCAGACAUAUCAGUACUGGAGUCACAAAUGGUCUUUGAAUCAUGUUUCUAUGUGCAGAGGAUGAUUACCUGAUCAUGUCAAAUGUAGACUAAGGUGCUAUUUGCAGCAAACUGAGAAUGGGGGCUGUUAAUAAUAAUUGUAGUCUGAUUGGUGAUUUUCCAGUUGUCUUUCUAAAUUUGUUUGUGCAGCUUAUAUUUUUAAGUCUGGAUGUUCAUGUGUGGGUGCUGACAAACUGAUUUUAAUGUUAAUGAAAUGAGAAUUUUCAUUGUGAAGCCAAAACUGUGCAGCACUUAUGCCACAAAUAUGAUUGUUUGGAUUACAUAAGAACUCAAGAAUUAAAUUAAAUGCUGAUUAUAUUCACAAUUAAUGACUGUCUACAAAAUGCCAAAACAUUGUGAAGAAAUCUAAUCAGUUUCCCUAAAGUGAUAUCUUCAAUGGCAAAUCAUUACCUUUAAGAAGCUGGAACCUGCAAAUGUAUGACAUUUUUAUUCUAAAAAUUGAAAUGAUUAUCCAAUGAAUAAAAUAGUUGACCUCA